AAGACAAAGAGUUUUCGGUCGUUUUACUAUUCAUCUGUCUGUAGCCAUGUCUGGACGUGGUAAGGGCGGCAAAGGACUCGGGAAAGGCGGCGCCAAGCGACACCGCAAGGUCCUGCGAGAUAAUAUCCAGGGCAUUACCAAGCCUGCCAUCCGGCGCUUGGCUCGGCGCGGCGGAGUCAAGCGCAUCUCCGGGCUCAUCUACGAGGAGACUCGCGGUGUCCUCAAAGUGUUCCUGGAGAAUGUGAUCCGGGACGCUGUUACCUACACCGAGCACGCCAAGCGCAAGACGGUCACAGCUAUGGAUGUGGUCUACGCGCUCAAGCGCCAGGGCCGUACUCUUUAUGGCUUCGGCGGCUGAGUGCUGCCACCAGCUUCAGACCUUUGGUCUCGCACCAACACCCCCAAACCCAAAGGCCCUUUUCAGGGCCCCCAAAGCAUCCAGAAAGGAGCUGGGGAUACUUGCACAGGGGGGCUGGAG